GAGAAAAAAAAAAAGACAAAUGGAGAGCAACCGUUUCUGAGUUGUCGGAGAGUUCGAAGUUGACAACGUAUUCUUUCUACAACAAAUCAUCAAUCCACAAGAAACUUCAUGGAAAAUCCCGCCGAUUCCAAACCGGACAAGUCAAAUCCACAACCGCCGCCCCCGGAUUUGGAGACCGGCGGCCCUGCGCCUCCGGCGGUGCGCGGCGCCGGCGACGGCGACGGCGACGGCGGAGUUGCUAGCAUCGUUGAACGAUGGAAAAGAGAAGAUGUCCUAAAGAAAACCUCAUUGGCGUCGCGUGGAUUAGGCUUCGUUUUCUCUCUUCUGUCUUUCAUUGUCAUGGCGACAAAUAAACAUGGCGAUUGGAGAGAAUUCGACAAUUACGAAGAAUACAGGUACCUCGUAGGAAUCGCGAUCCUGUCAACACUCUACACAGGAUUUCAAGUUUUCAGGCAAUACAGAGAACUUUCUAAGAACAGACCUCUUUUCUCCUGGAAGCAUUUACCAAUGGCGGAUUUCUUAAGUGAUCAGAUUGUCGCAUAUUUGUUGAUAUCAUCAGCUUCAUCAGCUGUGCCAUUGACAGACAGGAUGAGAGAAGGUGCAGACAGCAUCUUCACCGAUGCAUCGUCGGCUGCGAUCGCGAUGCAGUUUUUCGCCUUCUUCGCAAUGGCGAUAUCCGCCGUUGUUUCCGGUCAUAAACUUAAUAAACAAUCCUAUGUUUGAUCGAAUCAAAUUCAC